UGGCAUAACCAGUGUGUGCUGAGCUGCGUGCUGGCGGCUCCGGGCACAUUCAGUACCUGGAGCUCGCUGGGAGAGGAGGUGGUGGCCCAGCUGUGUGAGCUCCUGGACACAGCCAGCCGGGGCUGGCGCAAGCUGGCCGAGGUGGCUGGGGCAGAGAAACGCUUCAAGUGCAGUGAGGAGGAGCUGGAGAUGUGCUCGCUGAAGGUGCUGGAGCCCCUCGGCAGCCCCACACAGAGCCUCCUGCAGCUCCUGGCUGAGCGUGAGUGCAGCCUCCGGUACCUGCGGGGCUGCCUGCACAGGAUGGGGCACACACAGGCCUGCCAGCUCCUCAACUGUGCUGUCCACGAUGUGAUCCGCAUCACGGUGCAGCCGGAGUCACAGGUGGUGGCAGAGGGGACACGGGUGUCCCUGACCUGCUGGGCCAGCGGCCCACCAGGGCUCACCUACCAGUGGUUUUGUGGAAAGCAGGAGGUGCCUGGAGCCACAGCCCCGGAGCUGAUGGUCGACACGGCUGCACCACCAGGACUGCCCCAAUGGUACAUCUGCCGUGUGAGCUGCGGGGCUGCCUUUGCCUUCUCCAGGUGGGCUCACAUCCAAGUGGAGAGGAGCCACAGUCCCGAAUCAGCCAGCGGUUACUGCCCCAGCAUGGCGGGUCUGCAGAUCCUGCAGCAGCCACAGCCAUGCCACCUGGCUGAGGGGGACCCUCUGGUGCUGGAGUGCAGAGCCCUGGGGAACCCACCGCCACAGUACCAGUGGUUCAGGAACCGGCGCCCCGUGGAGGGUGCAAGAGGACCACGGCUCCAGGUGCAGCUGGUGACGACGGCUGAGCGGGGCACGUACUCCUGUCGUGUGUUCAACCUCUUCCACGAGCUGUGGAGCCAGGAGGUGGAUGUGGAGAUCGGCCCGCGGCUCUUUGCCUCCGGAGCCCCCUGGCAGGAAGGGGAUGGAGAUUCUCCAGAGCCCGGCAGCCCCGACCAGCUGUAUGCCACCGACAAAGUGGCACUGCUGGUGGGCAACAUGCACUACACGCACCACAAAGACCUGCGGGCGCCCAUGGUGGAUGUGCAUGCGCUCAGCGCGCUGCUGCGGCAGCUCGACUUCAAGGUGGUGUCACUGCUGGACCUGCGCCGGGAUGAGAUGCAGAUGGCAGUCGAUGAGUUCCUGCUGCUCCUCGACAAAGGGGUCUACGGAUUGCUGUACUAUGCUGGACACGGCUACGAGAAUUUUGGCACCAGCUUCAUGGUGCCCAUCGACGCGCCUGGCUCCUACACGUCCGCCCACUGCCUGUGUGUGCAGCACGUGCUGCAGCGCAUGCAGCAGCGCCGCACCGGCCUCAACAUCUUCCUGCUUGACAUGUGCCGCAAGAGGAACCUCAAUGACGACGUCCUCCCGCAGGUUGGGGCGCUGGAGGUGACGGCCAACAUUGUCUUCGGCUAUGCCACAUGCGCGGACGCCGAAGCCUAUGAGCUGAGCCAGGGUGAACUCUCCAAUGGUGUCUUUGUCACCUUCCUCAAGCGCUGGCUGCUGGAGGAUGAGAAGAUCACAGUGCUGCUGGACAAGGUGGCCGAGGACAUGGGCACGCUGGAGCUGACGCGGGGCCGCCAGGCGCUGGAGCUGCGCAGUAACCUGUCGGAGAGGCGGGCGCUGACCGACCCCAUCCGCUCCUUGGGACGGGCUGAGACCUCUGCCAGGAACCUGCAGUGGGCCAAGGCUCAUGUCCUCCCAGAGAGUCGCCACCUCCGCUUCGACUGCGGUGUCACCGUGCAGCUGGGCUUUGCUGCUGAGUUCUCCAACAUCAUGAUCAUCUACACCCGCAUCCUGGCCACCCCUGGGGACAUCACUGAGUGCGUGGCCAAGCUCACCGACCUCCCCGAGGAGCUGGACGUGGACCUGAAGUACACCAACCGGGAGAGCCCCGAGGAGCUGGGCAGCCCCUUGGUGCCCACCUGGAGCCUCACCUGUCCAUCCUGCUGCCUCUACAGCCGCCUCUGUGGGCUGCAGAGAUUGCGGCAGGAGCUGACCUUCACCGUGUGCCUGCAGUUCCGCUACCGCGGCGUGGCCGACUUUGUGGAGGAGCGGCGGGCGGUGAGUGUGGGGCGGCCGCUCAUUGCCAAACUCAAUCUGAGCCCCCGG